GCAGAGCAGUCCCUCCAUAUAUUAUUCCUAGCAAUCAAAACAAGAAAAAGGAAAAAGAAGAAAGAAAAAGGCUAUACCUAGCUAGAUCAUAUACUAAUUACAUAUCACGCAUAAGCUAGGGAAAAUGAAGAUAAAAGGUCUUGCAAUAUGGCUUCUCUUCAUGAUCAUCUUGUGGAGUCAAAGCCUCUUGAGCGUGUUGGCUGCUGCUGCUGCGGCCGCAAACCCUCUCACCUUCAAAGACAAAGAAAUGCAUGCAGGUGGGAAUGCAACAAUUGGGUUUGGCGGGGAAAUAGGAGAUGAAAGGAAGGAAGAGGUCUUAAUGAAUCCAAUAAAGGCGAAGAGAGGGCCAAACAAGGGAGGUAAUGGGGGCGUAAAUCUCAUCCAUCGCCCGCCCAAGGGUCAAAAAAGUGCAGCACUGCCUUUGCUGCCGAGGCCAUACGCAUCCUUCUUCUUCUUCUUCUCAAUCAGUACUCUUGCCUGUGUCGGCUCUGUUUUGCUUCUUGCUUUUCCCUUCUGAUUGUUUAAGGUGUGAUGAUUUUUGGAAUGCCUUAGUAUCAAGUAAGCAUAAUAAAUUCAGAGAGAGAGAGGUUGAUUUGAUUUGUCUUUCUUUCACAUCCAUGCCAAAUUAAUUUGCUUGGGUUUUGUUAUGUGUGAUAGAUGAGGAAAGCUAGAGAGAGAGAGAGAGAGAGAGAGAGGGGUUAAUUUGAUUUGUCUUUCUUUCACGUCCGUCCCACUUUACUAGGGUUUUGUCAUGUAAUAUUUGCUUUCUACUAGUUAUAUAUAUAUAUAUAUAUAUAUGUGUGUGGAUCAUGCCUUUUAUUA